AUGAUGUUCAUCGGAAUUUUAGCAACAUUGCGUCUUUUGUCUGUGGUUUCUGCUGUUUCAAACGACAAUGUUCAAAACUCAACACCCGAAAUUAGCCUCACUCCGACAGAAAAAGCGUCACCUUCGACUUUGUGUUUAGCUGAACAUCCAGGGGUUUCUCGUUUCUUCAAUCAAAAUCGCUUUCACGAGAUAUUUCCAAAUGCUAUUGAACUCUAUACAUUCAAUGGUCUUGUCAACGCCGCCAAUCAAUACUUGGAGUUUGCGAAUACUGGUAAUGAGACCAACGACAAGCGCGAGUUAGCAGCAUUUCUAGCUCAGAUGGCUCACGAGAGUGACAAUUUUAAAGCAGCCGAAGAAUACGGUCACGAAAACUACACAGUAUGGCAGUAUUGUGACAAUACUACUUACCCAUGUGUUCCUGGUCGUCGAUACCAUGGUCGUGGUCCUAUUCAGCUCUCUUGGAACUACAAUUACUACAAUGCUGGCAAUGCUCUUGGUAUUGAUUUACUUACCAAUCCUGACACAGUUGCCACUAAUACAACAGUCGCAUGGAUGACGGCGCUUUGGUAUUGGAUGACCCCACAAGCUGGACGCGUGAUCCACGAUGUUGUUUCUGGAAUAAAUGGAUUUGCAAUCUCUACCGAUAUCAUUAAUGGUGGACUAGAAUGUGGUCCAAACGCUCCGAAUAAAAGAAGUGAGUUGCAACGUAUGAGUUACUUUACCCAAAUGUGUGAUGUUCUAGGGGUACAGCCACUGGGCAACAUCUCUUGCAAUGAGUAA